UUAAUCACCACUGGGUUUUUAUUGGUUGCUAAACAAACCAAAAACAACUGAAAAUGUUGAAAAAAAAAAAAUGUAUUUCUGUCUUAAUUUCUGUUAUAAAAUUUUGGAAAUAAGUGAUUUUUCUCAUUCACUAAUGUGCGCUAAUAAGGCGGCACUGUUGAUACUGAAAGGCAGCUCAGAUGGGCACUGAUAUGUGGCAUUGAUGUGCACUGGUAGGCAUUGAUAUGUGGCACUCAUUGGCACUGGCAGG